CUUGGUUUGGGCUCUGGGCUGCAGGUGAAGGUGGCUGCAUUUUUGUGAGAUUUAAACAUACCUCAGAGAGAAGCAAUACUAACUCAAGAAAAAUGGGAGAACACAAACUACAAGCCAUGUCCUCAGAGUUUCCUCCCAGAGCCUGGCCUUCAGAGUUGGUGAUGGUGACAGGUGAACCACCGACUGCUGUGGAAGUAGAAGAAGUAGAUAAUGAAGAAGUAGAAGAAGGAAUCAUCUCAGAAGUCGUAGAACCACUCUGCCUUCUAGACAUGCUGAGGAUCUCUGCCAUCCUGGAAGACACCAUCGACCAGCUCUCAAUUCUAAACUAUAUCAUGCCCAUUCAGUAUGAAAGAAAACAAAGCAUCGGCGAGCAAUACAGUGCCCGAACAAAAGCUUCUACGGUUCAAAGUCUAGGGAAAAUAUCAACUCCUUUGUCAUCUAAAGGAAGACCCCCAUUGCCAGAACUCAGAGGAGGAAGCCAACCUCCCUUGGAGCUUCACAAAGCACAGGACCCUUUCUUUAAAACACCUACAAGGCAGACCAUCAUGACUGUGGAGGCAAUGAGAAAAAUUCAAAUGGAUAGGCAAUAUCUUAGUGACGUGAUUGCAAAUACCCGGCAGGAGUUGGAAAAUUCAAGCACUUUCACACAUCUCCAGGAAGCCUUGAGCAAAGAGAGGAAUGAGAAACUGCAUUUCUAUGAAGCCAUUGCCAGGGAGGAAAAAGGAAAAAAGCAGAUCAAAUCUCUUCAGAAGCAAGUAAUGAAUGUAAAAAAAGAACGACAAGCUGAAGUACAGAGUCGGAAUGAAUAUAUUUCUCACCUCAAGGACCAGCUUCAAGAGAUGAAGGCAAAAACCAACAUGGAGAAUCAAUAUAUGAAAAAAAAUACUGAGCUGCAGAUUUCUCAGACCCAGAGAAAAUGUAACAAGGCAGAGGAACUCUUGAUGGAGGAGAUUGAGAAACUAAGGAUGAAAACAGAAGAAGAGAACCGAACUCAUAUGGAGAUUGAAGUGUUCCUUAGAAAAGAGCAACAGAAACUUGAGGAGAAACUAGAGUACUGGAUGGAGAAGUUUGACAAAGACACAGAAAUGAAACAGAAUGAACUAACUGCUCUCCAGACUGCAAAGGCCACUGACUUGGCACACCUUCAGGAACUGGCAAAGAUGAUAAGGGAGUAUGAGCAGGUCAUUAUGGAAGAUCGUAUAGAAAAGGAGAAGACGCGGAAGAAGAUUGAACAGGAUGACUUGGAACUGAAGAGCAUCAUAAAGCUCCAGGCCUGGUGGCGAGGCACAGUGGUACGGAAGGAAAUUGGAACUUUCAGACUGCCUAAGAAAGAGAAAGAUGAUGUCAAGGAUGUGAAAGGUAAAGGCAAGGACAAGGACAAGUGGAAAGGCAAGAAAUGACCAAGUUCUCUUUCGUCCUUCUCUCUGGACGUUUGGAUGAGAAAAAAGAUUUGGAGAAAGAUACAAAUACUAUCAAGUUACAAGCUUGAUGAUUGGGGCAUUCGCAGAGGAAGCUGGGGGAAUCGCCUUGCCGGUUAUGCUAGUUUAUAAACCCGGAACUACGAUUUCAACUGCAUAUUUUCAUUUUGCUUGGAAGAAAGUGUGAAAUUUCCACAUUUUUAACUCACCAGAAAAAGUUCCUAGGUAUAGUUAUAGCACGGUAUUAAAACGUCAGUAAUUCCUGUAAUGCAUCUUACCUAAUCUAACUAGGCUCUUAUAGAACAAAAAUGAAGUAUUCAGUAGGAAUUUUAAGGUGCUGUUUAUAAAGUUAGCUAGCA